AUGACACUCACCACUGUCCAGCUGGCCCCGACGGGUCUCCUCCCACCAUUGCGGGGUCUGCACGACAUCUCGGAGGAUGUAAUAUUAUCUGCACUGGAGAGUCUCCGCUUGAUAUACUGCCCGAUAGUUCCACCGGCAGCGGCCUUUCAGAGACGACUAUCCAAGUCUCACGUACCUCCACCACAGGUAGACUCGGGUUACGUCUCGGGUGACGAUGAGGAGGAUUGCUCGGGUGACGACCACGGAGAGGGCGCACUAGCUACGCUGCGAGCCGACGCCUUUGAGCGCGACUUUGCGUUUCGCUGGUUGACCUCCCUCAUCCUCAGGGCGGAUGAGCUGCAGCUCGGCUCGGACGAUGCCCGUGAGCAACUGGUCGAGGACGCCUCCGGCCUGCUGGCUUCCCUCACGGUGCCGUCGACCUCGGGCGUCUGUGAGGAAGCCCCUGAAGAGGACCAGGACUGCGGCAUCACCCGCGAGUUCACCUUUGACGUGACGGCAAGCGAAUGCCCAGGCUCGCACACCCCACCAGUGACGGUGCGGCUGUUCGACGCAGACCUCGCGGCCUCUGAUCACACAGGCGUCGGGCUGCAGAGCUGGGGCGCAUCCAUCAUCUUCUCGGAGCUCAUCUGCAAAGACCCCGCCCGGCUGGGCCUCACCCAGGCAGCGCUGGGGUCUUGCUCCCCUGCUCGCAUCGUCGAGCUCGGCGCCGGCACCGGCCUGGUGAGCCUCGUGCUCGCGCAGCUGCUCCCUAGGAUCGGCGUGGCGAGCCCCGAGAUCGUCGCCACGGACUACCACCCAGACGUGCUGGACAACCUGCGCGCCAACGUCGCGGCCAACGAGCAGACUGCCGGAGUGGAGGUCGCCCCGCUGGAUUGGUCAAACCCCGUGCUCGCACCACCGCUGGAUGCGCCGGCAGACGUCCUGGUCGCCACCGAUGUCGUGUACGCCCCAGAGCACGCCCGCUGGCUCCGCGACUGUGCCUCCAGGCUCCUCUCCCGUGAGGGAGUCUUUUGGCUGGUGGCGACCGUGCGGCCGGCUGGCAAGUUUGAGGGCAUCAGCAACACGGUGGAGGAUGCGUUUGGUGUUGUGGAUGGUGUGGGUGCCGGCGAGGGCCUCCGGAUUCUUGAGACGGCCAUGUUGGAUAAGAGGAGAGGCGUGGGAAGGGGUGACGAGGUUGGGUAUCGGCUUUUCAAGAUUGGUUGGGCAUCACGGUAG